AUGAGCAAACGGAAAAGAAGGAAACUGGAGCAGCUGGCGCAAAAAAAUGCCAGCAAAGAAGUUCGUGCUGAAGUAUUGGAACAGCUCAAGGCGGUGAAACUCACACCGGAUCAAGCUGAACUAUUGAAGGCAUCGCAAAGCACGAGGCUUUCAAAGCGCGAGCAGAAGGCAAUGGCACAACGUCGUGCUCAACUGGGCAUUCCAUUGACUUCUGACAUGAAGGAGACCUUGCGGCGAAGACCUCGCCAGCUCAAACCCAAAGUCGAAAAUGAUGAGGACAAAACAAUCAAUUCCAUGUUGGUUUAG